AUGGAGAUGCUACCGGCAGAUGAAGGUCUCUCUGCGCCCAAAAUCUGCAGGCAGCAGCAACAGCGGAGUCCGUACAGCUCCCUCAAGACCUUCCCGAGCAAACGCGCGGCGGGCAAGCCGAGGUACGACAGACCCACAAUGGUGGACAUCCCGCAGCUCGGAGACCAUCCUCAAGCUCUCGCUCAUCAUCAGCAGCAGCAGCAGUAUUCACAGCGCGUCCCGCUUCCGCCAGCGUCCCUCUCCAUCAGCAGCAGUCAGCAGCACCGUCUCCCCUGCGAAGUCAGGCCCAGCGGCAGAGUCGCGACACCCAGCGCGGCAUCAGCGAGGAGCGCCGCGGCGGCAGCGGCUUCGUUUGGCGGCCAGGAGACACCCGGCAGACACCCGGCGGCUCGCCACCAGUCUCCAGACUGCACCUAUGGAAUAAGCUCAGAAAACCGUCUUGUACUGGAUGCUUUUGCCCAGCAGUGCAGUCGAGUGCUCAGCCUCCUCAACAGUAACGGACGGCUCCUGGAGCCCCAGCCUUCCCUCGUCCCUCCGUCCUCUUCCAUCUCCACUCUCAUAAAACAGGAGGACAGCUGCUUGUCUCCAGGAGAGAGGCUCAGUUCUAAGACCAGGUCAGAGGACACAGGUGAGGAGACCCAACGGGGCAACCACUGGAACCAGCAGCAGACUUCCGCUUUCCUCCAGAUUUUCACCGAGUCUCUUCAGAACUACCUGCUCUCCGGACCCCAGUCCUCAGACAGUGAACGGUGUCGCCCUGUAGAGGCUGAGCCGGCAGCAUCAGGGUCCCCGAGGCAGAACUUAGGCGGCUGGGCUUCUCCAGCACCUUCUGAGUCAUACGGACACCCCUCAUCCACACUGCCUGAGGAAGAUGAGGAGGAAGCUUGCUGCCCACGCUGUGUGGAGCUGGAACAGGAAGUUCUCAGUCUACAGCAGGAAAACGAGGAACUGAGACACAAACUUGACAACAUACCAGCUCCUUGCCAGAAUGUGCUGGACUUUUUUAAGACUGUUCUUCAGCACUACAACCAAUUCGUGCAGCCCCAGCCUGAAGAGCAGCUUACAGAGGGCAGUAAACAGCUUCUGGGGAACUAUCCUCUCUUCAUCACCAAUAAGCAAUGGGACGAGGCAGUCAACUCCUCAAAAAAAGAUGGCCGGCGGCUCCUGCGUUACCUAAUCCGGUUCGUGUUCACCACAGAUGAGCUCAAAUACUCAUGCGGUCUGGGAAAGAGGAAACGUUCGGUACACACAGGGGAACCGGGGCCGGAGAGAAGACCUCUCAACCCCGUCAAGGUCACAUGUCUCAGAGAGUUUAUCCGGAUGCACUGUGCUUCUAAUCCUGACUGGUGGAUGCCCUCCGAGGAGCAGAUAAACAAAGUCUUCAGCGAUGCAGUAGGCCACGCGCGGCAGGGCCGGGCUGUGUGCUCUUUCCUGGGGAGCGGGGGCAGCUGUAGCAGCAGCACUGGUAGUUUAUACAUGGAAAGCUACGACGGGCAGCUCUCUCAGGAUGAGCUCUAUCUGAAGGGCUCACAGAAUGGUUUGGGGGACUAA